UUUAGUUGGCAAAUUAUUAUAUCAACAAUAAAUACGAUUGUAUUUCAAGGAUGUAUUUCUGUCUACUGCGUGCACCACAGUUAGUUAGUUAAGUUAAGUUAAUUAGGCAAUUUGUUAAUUAAGUGGGUUACCAGGAUUUGGGUGCGUCGUCGUGAUCUGAUUGAGGGGGAUUUUUUUUGUGGCAAAAAUUGGAAACCAAAUUUCGUCAAAUUUCUUCGUCGUGGAGGACGAAACAAUUCACGCCCUUGUUCUCCCAGCGCUUUUUAUUGGAUGCUCUAUUGUUCUUGGAGUUGUUCUUUACGGAGUUUUCUACGGGCGAGGAGGGGGAGGGGACAGGAAGAAGGAUAAGAAACAAAGAAGACGACGAGAACGUGAAGGAAGAUUAUCCCCUUUUUCUUGGUGGCGACGAAUGAGUGAUUGGGGGGUGGAUCGAGGUGUCCGUGUUUUGAAAGGGGUACGACACUUUCGUCAUAGAAUUCGUCGCAAGAUGGAUAUCAUGUUUGACGCUUAUCUCAACUCGGAGGGAGAUUUUCCAAUGUGUGACUCACCCGUUUGGAUAUUUGGGAGGUCUUAUUCCGUUAAUUAUGAUUUAGAUGAGCUGCGCCGCAGUGUGGCGAGCUGUAUGUGGGUGACGUAUCGCAAAAAUUUUGGCAGUGUGGGGGAAACGUCGCUGACAUCGGACAAAGGAUGGGGAUGUAUGAUCCGAACGGGGCAAAUGUUUAUGGCAAAGGCGCUUAUACUUAGACAUUUGGGUAUUGAUUGGCAUUGGGAACCAGAUUCCAGAGAUCCUUCCUACUUAAAAAUCGUCUCUCUGUUUGCCGACCUUAAUUCUGCUCCGUUCUCUCUCCACCAAAUUGCUCAGACAGGGUCGACCUUGGGUAAACCUGUAGGUACGUGGCUCGGACCCAACACGGUAUGUCAAGCGUUCAAAAAGCUGCUUUCCUCUGGGGCGACUGGGCUUGAUUUGACAAUGCACAUCGCCAUGGACUCUACCCUCGUUCAGUCAGAGGUGAAACGACUCUGCUUAUCGCAUCCUUCCAUUAACCCCUUCGCAUCGGCAACCAUUCCAUCUUCCUCUAUUAUUAAUACGCCCAGGAUCGACCCCAAGUGGAGACCAUUGUUAUUAAUUGUUCCGCUACGUCUCGGCCUCUCAGAUUUAAAUGAGGCGUAUGUUCCUGGGAUCAAAGCAGUCUUUGAGAUACCACAGAGCAUCGGAAUAAUCGGUGGAAGGCCUAAUCAUGCUCUUUAUUUCAUUGGUUAUGCUGAAAACGAGGUGCUCUAUCUCGACCCACACACCGUACAACCCACAGUUCACGUCGGCUCAAAGUUGGAUGAAUCUGAAAAAGCGGCCGACGAAACGUACCACUCUCAGAAGCCGGGGAGAAUGUCCUUCCUUGCGAUGGACCCGUCAAUCGCGCUCUGCUUUUACUGCAAAUCUGAAGCAGACUUUGACAGCUUGUGUCGAAAGCUCACGGAUCGCUUUUCCGUGAUUCCAUUGCCUUUAUUCGAAAUCUGUGAAAGACGUCCGCAGGACUGGACAACGUCAGACCCGAUAUUCAUGUCUUCCCCUCGGUCAAAUUCGUCUGGAGGAAGGAAUUCACCUGGAGGAUUCACAAGUAUUGGUCUCCCUGGGAGCAGUAGUAGUAAUAGUAAAACACGGAUGGGAAGUAGCUCAUCUUCCACAUUUUCAGGUGAUGUAGACGAUGAAGAAUUUGAAAUUUUAGGAUAGCUGAAAUUAUAAUAUGAUAAUUAAUAAUUUAAUAAUCCGGAUCCAUGUCUCUUGCAUUUUACUUAACCAACCGUAAUCAUACACAAUUUAAACUAUUAGUCGUACGGACGGAAAAAUAUUUUAUAAUUGUUAAUCUACGGCCGGAUACAAAUGUGUGCUAAUUUAAUUUAUACCACAUCUACUAUAUAAUUGUACAUAUAUUUAAUCUUAUUGUGAGUUUAAUUGCACCUUCUUUUAUUACGUAAAUAAUAUAUACCUUUAAUAUUUAAAAUUAUGUUAGAUUUUUAGGAUGAAUAAUCAAUAAAGAAUAUGUGCUACACACAA